AUGAAUGGAAAUCAAUACACAUACAUGGGAACUUUCUAUACUAUUGGAUAUGCAUUGUUCCAGAUUCCUGGAACUCUUGCAGUAACACGAGUCCGCCCUUCUCUGUACUUGUUUGUUAACGAAAUUGGAUGGGGGAUAUUCACCUUCGCUCAAGCUGGAGCAAAGACUUAUAAUCAGAUGUAUGCAUUUAGGUUCAUGGUUGGAGUCUUCGAAGCUUCAUUUUUCCCCUCAAUAUUGUACCUUAUGGGCUCAUGGUACAAUAAGCAUGAGCUUGCUAAACGGAUCGCCAUAUUCCAUCUGUCUGGCUCACUCGGUACAUCCUUCGGUGGAUAUUUACAGGCUGCGGUUUACACUACGCUCAAUGGUGAAACUCGGACGAAAUGCAAAAAUCGGACUCACAUACUGGUGAAUUACAGGUGGUUAUUCAUUGUCUGCGGCUGUAUGACUACGCCGUGUGCCAUAGGAUUGCUGUUGGUCCUCCCUGAUCUUCCCUCCAACACUCGGGUUUGGUACUUGAGUCAAGAAGAGAGAAAAUUCGCUCUGGAGAGAUCCAUCUCCCUGGGCAAGUCACAACCCGGAGAGAAAAAGCUUAACUGGACACUGAUCAAACGGAUGCUUUUGACUUGGAAGUGGUACGGCUUGGUCUUAGGCUACGUUGUAUACGGGUCUUCCUGUCAAAACACUAGCUAUUUUGCAAUCUGGAUGAAGUCCGCCGGCUACAGCGUAGUCGAACGAAACGUUAUUCCAUCAUGCUCGUAUCUCAUCUCUGCAUUGUGUAUAUUUAUCUGGGGAUUCGGAAGUGACCUUACAGGCUCUCGAUUCGCCUUUGUGUUCGGACCACUGUUUUAUGGCCUACUUCCAACAGGUAUUCUGGCUUUCUGGCCCAAAAACAAGAAUCUGAUUCUGUUCGCAUUCAUGACUGGGGGAGUUCAACUUAUGACUGCUGUCUUCUAUACCUGGGCUAACGAGCUUCUCGCUGAUGACAAUGAGCUGCGGGCUUUGACAAUCUCUUCAAUGAACGGCCUACAAUUCCGUCGAGGGUUUCCUGGAACCUUUGGUUUAGUUAUUGCAGGACUGAUUAUAAUAUUUGGUAUCAAACUCCUCGCUGACCGCGAUGAAAGGCGGGCGACUUCAUUGCGCAACUCAACAGCGUUCGACCAAGCAAAUGCAAAGACAAUGGGCCUCGGUAAUGCACCUUUUAUUCAAGACGAAAUUUCUUUCGAGAAAGAGUGUCCAGUGGUAGAGGAAUUAUGA